AUGCCCACUGUUAUCUGUGGCUGUUACUACCUGGUCGAUUCAACAGAACGCUAUCGUCGUCAUGAAAAGCACUACCUUCCCCUCGUCUCCAGCUCUUUCCAUAGCAGAAUACUCUCCACAACCUCCAGCACAGUAUUGACACAAAAUUUCACCAACCCCUCGCCGAGUGAACCCGUCAAAGAAUGCAUCUACGAGUUUCCCCUCUACGACGGUGUUAGUGUCGUGAAAUUCACCUGUCGCAUUGGUGAGGAUGUUCUUCACGGUAUAGUGAAAGAGAGUGUGGAUGCCAAGGCCAUUUUUGACUCAGCGGUUGCCAAGGGUAAAACUGCAGCGCUGCUGGAGCAAGCGCCACAAGCUGCGGACGUAUUCAGCAUCAAGCUAGGGAAUAUUCCUGCCGGCGGGAAGGUUGUCGUAGAGACAACUUAUAUCGGGGAGCUAAAGGCUCACGAGAGCGACGGAGUCAGGUUUACCAUCCCCACCAGUAUUGCGCCGAGAUACGGCUCUCGGUCUGAUCCCACUACCUUUGGGAGCGUUCGGGCCCAUGCACAACAUGAAGGAGGAGUCCAGAUAGUCGUUGAUGUCGAUAUGCCAACUGGAUCCUCAAUCAAAGGAUUGCAAUCCCCUUCUCACCCAAUUGCAGUAUCCAUGGGGACAGUAUCCACAGCUUCAGAGGCUGAUCCGGCAAUGAGCAAAGCAUCCGCCACCUUGUCACUGGGAAGUGCAACACUCGAGAAAGACUUCGUCCUUAUCGUACAAGUCAAAGAUAUUGGAACUCCAAAGGCUAUAUUAGAGACGCACCCUACAAUCCCUAACCAUCGUGCUCUUAUGGCCACCCUGGUCCCCAAAUUCGCACUCCCGACGUGCCAUCCGGAAAUAGUGUUCGUGGCCGACCGAAGUGGUAGUAUGCAAGGGAAUAUUCCCAUGCUUGUAUCGGCAAUGAAAGUUUUCCUUAAAUCAAUGCCAGCGGGUGUGAAAUUCAACAUAUGUUCUUUUGGCUCUUCCUUCUCGUUUCUAUGGCCAAAUAGCCAGAGCUACACCGCCGAUAACCUAGCCGAGGCAAUCCGCCAUGUGGGGACAUUUGAUUCGAAUAUGGGAGGUACCCAAACCUUUGAAGCUAUUGAGGCCACCGUUACCCGCCGAUGGAGUGAUCUUCCUCUUGAGAUCAUGCUCCUCACCGACGGUGAUAUCUGGGACCAAGACGAGCUCUUCACCUAUAUCAAUCAACAAGUCGAAGAAACAAAAGGGAACAUCCGCAUCUUUCCUCUUGGAAUCGGUGGCGGUGUCUCUCACUCACUCAUCGAGGGAGUGGCUCGCGCUGGCAAUGGAUUCGCUCAAGCAGUUCAAAACGGCGAGCGGCUUGAUAGUUGUGUCGUCCGCAUGCUGCGUGGAGCUCUAUCCCCCCAUAUCACAGACUAUUCUCUUGAAGUCAAGUACGAACAUGAAGAUGACGAGUUCGAAGUUAUUGAUAAGGUUACUGAUGGUAUGAAAAUCCUCCUAUCCGACUCUGAAGAAUCCCAGGCGCCGUCAAAGGCAUUGGAUGGCAAGGAACCCACAAUCUCGCUGUUCGAUUCCACAGCCAACCUCGAGCCCGAUCUUGGAGCUUCUCGUGGCCCUACACUGCCAACAAUCUCUCCUCCAAAGCUUCUUCAAGCUCCUAACAAGAUACCUUCGCUAUUCCCGUUCUCCAGAACCACAGUUUAUUUGCUUUUGUCCCCCGAGACAUAUCAAAGGAACCCCACCGCUAUAGUCCUACGCGCCACUUCGGCUCAUGGGCCUCUCGCGCUCGAGAUUCCCAUCGAACUUCUCCCAUCGCCUCAAGACACUAUCCACAAACUGGCUGCGAAAAAGGCAGUCCAGGAUCUUGAGGAGGGUAGGGGUUGGAUCUACGACGCCAAAGACCAGAAGGGAAUACUAAUCAAGGAUAGAUAUCCGAGCCGCUUGGACGAGUUAGUAACGAAGGAAGGUGUACGGCUGGGAGAAAAGUUUCAAAUUCCUAGUAAAUGGUGCUCCUUUGUUGCUGUGGCUGCCAGUGGCAAGGAGAUUUCAAAGCGAGAAGCUGGCGACAAGUACAACGAUGACGGCUACGCUUCUUGCAUCGAAGAGGAAGCCGAAUCAGAUGGAGACCUGUUUGACCUGCCGUCGGAAUUUUCGCGUGCGCCGCACGCCACGUUAUCUGAGCCUAGCACCAGGGCAGCUAUGACUGACACGAGGUCAUAUACCCCUUAUGCUUCCUUCGGCGUCCAAGCCGCGAAGAAAAUGCCUCCAAUGCGAGGGGGCGGUGGGUUUUCAGGAAGGGGCGGCAGCAUUUUUGCAUCACCCAGUAGCGCUCAUGCGCGAUACAUAUCUCCCCCUGCGGCCCCGUCCCCUUCCCCACCUCCCCCAGCUGCCACAAACUCGGAAGUCGACUCGACGGGAAGGGAGCCUCUUGAAAAACUCCAUAGUAUUAUCGCCCUCCAGGACUUUGACGGGUCCUGGCCAGUCGAUAAAGCCGAGAUCAGCAGAAUUUUAGGUUUCGAUGUGGGAGAAAAUCCCCAGGGUGGGAAUAAAAGCCCAUGGGUUACGGUUGUGAUGGUAUGUUAUCUAGAGAAGAAGCUGGCCGAUGAGAAGGACACAUGGGAAUUGGUUGUUGAGAAAGCGAGAGCAUGGUUGGUAGAUACGGUGACAAUCGAUUUAGAGGGGUUGGAGAAGGAGGCGGCAAAAUUGGUGGAUAGAACUUGA